AUGAUGAUUACAAACUCUAAAGAUCCUCAAUCCUAUGAAGAGGCUUGUAAAAGUAUACAAUGGAGGGAAGCUAUGAAUGUAGAAAUGAAAGCAAUUGAAAAGAAUCAUAUGUGGGAACUAGUAGAUCCUCCAGAAGGGGUCACAACUAUUGGUGUUAAAUGGAUUUUCAAGACCAAAUUCAAUGAAAAUGGUCACGUUGAAAAGUACAAGGCCGGACUAGUGGCCAAAGGUUAUGCUCAAAGGUAUGAAGUUGAUUAUAAAAAAGUAUUUGCUUUAGGUUCUAGACUUGACAUUGUGAGAAUACUACUAGCUUUGGCUGCUCAAAAUACAUGGGAUGUGUUUCAGCUUGAUUUAAAAGAGAAAUUUGAAAGAUGCUUUAGUGAACACACCCUCUUCAUGAGAAGAAUUAAAGGUCCUAUUCUCAUUAUCAGUCUUUAUGUUGAUGAUCUGAUCUUCACUAGAAAUAGUAAACGUUUUGGUGAUGAAUUCAAAAGCUCAAUGAAGAGGGAGUUUGAUAUAACUGAUUUGGGUAAAAUGAGAUAUUUCCUCGACAUUGAAGUUAUACAAAGUAAUACAAGAAUUCUUAUCUGUCAAAGACAAUAUGCUCGUGAUGUGCUAGAACGAUUCAAUAUGACCAAAAGUAACCUUGUAUGA